CCGGCAGUGACAGCGGUGGGCGUGGGCUGACCCACUGGUCAGUACUCAGCCGACUAAGCGGGCGCGCAGGAGGAAGGCGUGUGGUGACUGAGCGGCCGGUCGUGGAGAGAGGUGGUGGAGAGUGAGUUCUCUGUCAUCCGUCGCGUCCUGAGAUGGAGGUCAUAGAGGGUACGAAGAAGAGAAGAAUCAGCCAUGAGGGAUACUUCUACACGCAAGAUAGCGCCAGGGGUGACACGAUUUACAUGAAGUGCAGCCAGAAAACGUCGAAAAGCUGCAAGGGAAGAGCGGUGGUGGAAAACGGCGUGGUCACCCCAACAAAAAGCCACUCACAUGCGCCAAAUCCUUCUAUCAUAGAACGGGCAAAGGCGAGGGCUGAGAUGAAGAAGCGUGCAAUGGAAACAGUUGAGCCUAUUUCAGUUAUAUGUGUCGAGGCUGAGAUGGGCAUGAGUCGCGCAGCACGUACAGACAUGCCGAAGGCAGCUGACAGCAGGCGAAACGUCAGGCGCUAUCGCACCCAAGCGCACGGUACUCCUGCCCAGCCUCUGACGGCAGAUGAGUUGGAGCUGAGAGAAGACGAUUGCUUCACGAUUGGACGACCAGGAUGCCCGCCAGAGAACUUUUUGAUCUACGACAGCAGAGACGAACCAGGACCACGCAUGCUCAUUUUUGCUAGUGACUGGGGUCUCCGUAACCUAUCGCAGUCCCCCCACUGGGGAGCAGAUGGCACGUUUCAGGUGGCUCCUGGUAUCUUCACGCAGCUAUACACAGUACAUGCCACAGUCCACGACAGGAUCGUUCCCUGCGCGUACGCGCUGCUGCCGAACAAGUCCCGUAACACAUACGUGAGGAUGUUUCUGGCGCUCCGCGAGAGGCUUCUGCUGAGAUACCCCGGCACUGACCUGACAGGAACGGUCAUCACAGAUUUGGAGAUGGCGGCGCUGCAGGCGUUUGAAGAAGUGUUCCCCGAAAAGGAACGGUCGCUAUGCUUUUUUCACUUCAGCCAGGCGGUGUGGCGCAAGACACAAGAGCUCGGCCUCGCACGUCUGUACGCAACAGAUGCUGACUUCGCUCUUAUGGUGGGAUACCUUCAUUUUAGCUUUCUGACAUCAACUUUGUUCAUGAUCUCUCAACACACCCCCUCACCUCGCUCGUUUUCUUCAUUAACCCUCACCGGCACAGGCCAUUUUGCGUCCUUCGACGGCACAAGGGGGGGGGGGUUGGUAUGACCCCCCUCGCGUUUGACCCCUGAUCGAGCUAGAUUCUCAGAUUCUCAGAUUUAUUUGUGCAUUACCUCAUUUAGAGCUUCGCGGAAAAAAAACGAGCGUGUUGCCCG